AUGCAAAUAAACACACUCUAAUAAACCAUUUCUAAUUUAAAAAAUGAUUUGUUAUUGAAUUCUUAAUUAAUUGAAAAAUUACAAAGAGAAAAUGGAUAAUUAAGAUCUGACAUCUAAAGUUAUAUUGAUAAAUGCAAUGAUAAGGAUGAAUAUAUUGCAAAAUUGGAGUAAGAAAUAUCCGAAUUAAACUAACAUGUAGAUUCAUUGACUGAAGAAAUCACAACAACUCAAUCAAUAAAAACCUUUGAAGAGGAAGCAAAAAUUUGGAAGAAAAAGUUCAAAGAGCUGAAUGAUAUUUAUCAUGCAUGCUAGGAGAAACUUAUGGUAAAGGAAGCAGAAUAUGAAUCAUUAUAGAAAUAAUAAAGUUCAUAAAGAAUAGUGACAUAAACUACAGUAGUCAAAUCAAAUAGUUCCAGAUAAGUUAAGAAUGAUUCUGAUUACAUUUCAAGCAGUCUAACUUAAAAUGAUAUUGAAAAAUUGCAAAAUUUGUAAAAACCAUUAUAAUUGUGA